AUGGAAUCCCAAAAUAUUGCAACGACUCUCAGAACUUCAAGGGCAAUUUGUUUCCUCAAAGGCAAGUAUUUGAAAUCUAUCACUCACAGCUUGUAUCUAUUUUGUUUGGAUGGAAAGAAAUCAAAGAAAAUUUGGUCGAUCCCCAUGCAAUUAGAGGCGAAACCAGGGGCCAUGGUCCAUGCCUACCCCCUUAGCUGCUCAUCUGCCUGCAGUGUUGAUUCAGUUGUUGUUUAUAUCAUGGAGGAAGCUCAACUAAGGAUUUGUAGCUCCUCUCAGCUAUUUACCAUAGCAGAUUUGUUUUUGGAGGCCCGAACAAGGAUUUCGGAAAUGUCAAUGCCACGUUCGGGUUUCCUUUUAUCUGUGAACUCUUGCACAAACUUGCAAAGUCCUCUAUCCUUUGCUGGCAGGAAUUUCAAAUUAAAACUUUGUUUCGAAGUUUUGUUAAGCUUAUUAACUGCUGAAUUUCACUUUAGGGAAUCUGUUCAAGAAGGUGUUCUUCCCGGAUUGCCUGAUGAUUUAGCUUUGAGAUGUCUGGCCAAGUCGUCACAUGGUUACCAUGGGGUGAUUGAAUCUGUCUCGAAGAAGUGGAAAGAUUUGGUUCGCAGCAGUGAGUAUGCAAAUUAUAAAGCUAAUCAAGGAUGGUGUGGGGAUUGGUUAUUUGUCGUCACUGAGCGUUCUAAUAAUCAGUGGAUUGCCUAUGAUCGUGAAGCUGAUAGAUGGCAUCCCUUGCCAAAGAUUCCAACUGAGCAUGAUGGCUUGCAGCAUUUUGGAUUUUCGUGUGUGUGUGUCUGUAAUCGUCUCCUUGUGAUUGGUGGCUCUUAUGCACCGCGUGAUACUGCUUCUCCCCAUCAAAUGCCUGUGAUAACAAAUGCUGUUAUGCAGUUUGAUCCAUUUAAGAAACAGUGGACCAGAUUAAAGAGCAUGCAAACACCAAGAUCUCAUUUUGCAUGCUGUGUUAUAUCUGGGAAGGUCUAUGUUGUCGGGGGGCUCAACUUAUCUUACCCCCGGGGGCUUUCUCUUGCUGAGGUUUAUGAUCCAAUAAGCGACGGGUGGGAGGAAUUGCCGGAUAUGCCCAACCCCCAAAUGGACUGCCUAGGUAUAUCAUAUAAAGGUAAAUUUCAUGUAUUGAGUGACCAGGUAGGCUUGGCAGAGCAGAACCCAUCUGAAAUUUUCGAUCCAUCAAAUAAAACAUGGUGCACAGUUAACAACAUAUGGCCUUUCUCUAGGGCAAUUCAAUUUGCAGUUCAGGUGAUGGGGGAUGAUCAAGUUUAUACUGUGGUGGAUUCGGGGGAGAGCUUGGUAAAAACAAGAGAUUCUGUACAAGGUGAGUGGUACAAUGUUGGUGCUGUUCCUCCAGUUCAUCUUCCUGACCACUCCCGAGAACUUGAGGCUUUUGGUUAUGGUUUUGCUGCACUGAGACAUGAAUUAUAUGUUCUUGGAGGAAAGGUUCUGAAGUGGGAAGACUCUGGAGUUGGGAGGUUUGACGUAGUGAGGUUAGCUGGGGUGAGAGUUUGUGAUCCUUUACAGAGGCCAUUAAGCUGGAGGGAAAUCGGGCCCAUGUGUAGGCCAGCAGGUGGCUCUAUCCUAGGCUGUGUGUCAUGA